UUCUUGCAGCUUGUGAUAAGCUUUGGUGACACUGAGAAAAGAGGAAACAAAAGAAGAAAAUGAGAGGUUCCAGUGCUGCUUGUUGUGCAGCACCCAUAAGCGUCUCCACUGCUAAAAUUGCUUGUAGAAACGAAUCUCCCCUCUUCCAAUUCAAAAUCUUAUGUCCCUUUGCUUCACUAACCACCACCUCCAUUUUCACAACAACAAGACCAUUUCUUUCUCUUUCACGGUCACAACCCGAUAAAGCAAAGCAAAAGCAGAAGUUAUGGGAAUUUAAUUGUGCCACCAUUCCUUCAAGUACAACAGUAGCAAACCCAUCUAAUGAUUUUAUAGUUGUCAAUUUCUAUCGCUUUGUUUUUAUAAACGAUCCCCAUGAAGAAGUUGCCAAGCACCUCUCUUUCUUAAAGGGCCUUGAUAUUCAUGGGAGAAUCUAUGUGAAUGAACAAGGGAUUAAUGCUCAGUACAGUGGACCAUCAAAAGAUGCUCUGGCAUAUGUUGAAUGGUUAAGAGAAGAUUUCAGAUUUUCUGAUAUACUGGUUCAGAUAUCUCCGGCAUUAAAUGGGCAUGCUUUCCCAAAAUUAAAGCUGCGUUAUAAACCCUCCUUAGUACAGUUGGAAGGAGGUAUUUCACAUCUCCCUUUGCUUGAUCCUACAAUGCGAGCGACACCUCUAGCACCAUCUGAGUGGAGAAAAAGAUUGAAAGAAGUACAUGAUUCAAACUGUGUUGUGCUGGAUGUUAGAAAUGGCUAUGAGUGGGAUAUUGGUCAUUUUCACGGGGCUCAGCGACCUGAUGUGGACUGCUUUAGGAGCACUUCAUUUGGGGAAUCCGAUAGUGAGGAGGCCAUUGCUUCAGAUCCUUUAGCAAAUGUUGACAAAGAGAAGACAAAUAUAUUGAUGUAUUGUACAGGAGGCAUUCGUUGUGAUGUAUAUUCUACCAUCCUAAGACAACGAGGUUUUCAAAAUUUGUACACCUUAAAGGGAGGGGUUUCUCAUUAUCUUCAGAAUGAAGGUCCUGUAGAAUGGGUCGGGAAUUUGUUUGUGUUUGAUGAUCGUCUUUCUCUUCCACCUUCUGCCUACAACCCUGAGGAUACAACAGUAACAAGCAGCAAUCCACAAGGAUGUAAGAAUAUUUUAUUUGCUAACUGCUAUAUAUGUGGAUCACAAGUCAGCGAGUUAAGACAUCGGAACUGUGCCAAUAUUGACUGCAACCUACUUUUUCUAUGUUGUAUGGAAUGCAUAAAGGAUUUAAAAGGUUGUUGUUGUCCGCAAUGCACAACUGCUCCACGGCUUAGGCCUGUUCUACCCGGGAAUCAAAGAUACAAGAAAUGGUUCAUGUAUAGAGAACUGGAAGUGCAAAAUGAGUUGGCAGUUUGAUAGUAUGCCUAUACGGCGUGUUUAUUUAUCCAGCUCCUAUCACUUCAAUGCUACCAUGUCUUCUGAUUUCUGAUGACUGAGCCACUCUCAGCUGCCUCUACUUAACUGCAGAAUUCCUAUAGCAGCUUUAACUGGGGAUUUGUAAAGUUUAUUCUUCUUAGGAUCAGAUGUUCUCGCAUCAACAGGUCGGCCAAAAUAGUCCAAGACACCUGCUGUACUGGAUACGUUGUAUCAAAACAUGUCGUGUAAUAGAUGAUUUUGAAUGAAGAUUCCUUUUGAUUUA